AUGGCUUCCAAACCAGGCAUCCUUACAGACUGGCCAUGGAAACCUCUUGGAGACUUCAAGUUUGUGAUUCUAACUCCAUGGAUUGCACAUACCAUAUACACUUUCAUAUGGACUCAACCUGACCCGGUCUACCAUCUCGUAUUUCCUUAUAUAUUCAUCAGAAUAUUACACAACCAAAUUUGGAUUUCUAUCUCACGCUACCAAACUUCUAAGGGAAAAUGCAAAAUUGUUGACAAAGGCAUCGAAUUCGAACAAGUCGACAGAGAAACCAAUUGGGAUGAUCAAAUAUUGUUGACUGCACUCAUGACUUAUAUAGGAUACAUGAUAUUUCCUAUGGCUUCUAAUUUACCAUGGUGGAGAACUGAUGGUGUUGUUCUCACAGCACUAUUGCAUGCUGGUCCAGUAGAGUUCUUAUACUACUGGCUUCAUAGAGCACUUCAUCAUCAUUAUCUAUAUUCUCGCUAUCAUUCUCAUCAUCAUUCUUCCAUUGUCACCCAACCUAUCACUUCGGUGACACAUCCAUUUGCUGAAAUGUUGGCGUAUUUUACACUUUUUGCAAUCCCAAUGUUGACACCAUUGUUCAUUUAUAAAUCUUCUGUGGCUGCGUUAUAUGGUUAUAUCUUUUACAUUGAUUUCAUGAACAAUUUGGGUCAUUGCAACUUUGAGUUCUUUCCUGAGAAACUCUUGUCAUUCUUUCCUCUUUUCAAGUAUCUCUCAUACACGCCAUCGUUUCACUCUCUGCAUCACACGAAAUUCAGGACAAAUUACUCACUCUUCAUGCCGAUUUACGACUAUAUCUAUGGCACAGUAGAUAAAACCACCGAUGCUACAUAUGAAAAAUGUUUGAAGAGACCAAAGGAGUCACCAGAUGUUGUGCACUUAACACAUUUAACAUCAUUUGAUUCCAUCUAUCAAUUGCCUUUGGGAUUUUCUUCCUUAGCCUCUAACCCUCAUAGAUCUAAAUGGUAUCUACAUUUGAUGUGGCCUUUUACAAUGUUCUCUAUGCUUAUGACAUGGAUUUGUGGGCGCGCCGUUGUUAUAGAAAGCAACACCUUCAACAAUCUUAAGUUACAGUCUUGGCUUAUACCAAGAUUUAAAACACAAUAUUUUUCCAAAAAGCAUAGAAGAACAUUGGACAACUUGAUUGAAAAUGCAAUUAUGGAGGCUAAAUUAAAUGGAGCAAAGGUGAUAAGCCUAGGACUUUUUAAUGAGAAACAUUUUAAUGCACAUUGUGAACUCUAUAUUGGAAGAUCCCCAGAACUAAAGAUAAAAGUUGUAGAUGGGAGUAGUCUAGUUGCUGCUAUUGUGCUCAACAACAUUCCUAAAGGAACAAAUCAAGUGCUUCUUCGAGGCAAGUUCGAUAAGGUUGCGAUAACCAUUGUUAAUGCUCUAUGCAUAAAAAACAUAAAGGUAGGUGUAUUAUAUAAGUAUGAGCUUGAAGAGCUUGAACAAAAGGUCCCCAUGUCAAAAGAAAACCUGGCUCUUUCACCAAUCAAUACUUCAAAGAUAUGGUUAGUUGGAGAUGAAUGGAAUGAAGAUGAACAAAUGGAAGCACCAGAAGGAUCUUUGUUCAUACCAUUUUCUCAUUUUCCUCCAAAGAAAAUGAGAGAAAGAUGUUUCUACCAUUACACACCAUCAAUGAUUACUCCUAACACAUUCAUGAACUCAUACUCGUGUGAGAAUUGGCUUCCAAGAAGAGUAAUGAGUGCAUGGCGUAUUGCUGGGAUAAUUCAUGCUUUAGAAGGAUGGAAUGUUGAUGAGUGUGGUGACAUUAUACUUGACACUAAGAAAGUAUGGGAAGCAACUAUUCGCCAUGGUUUUCAACCUCUAAAGAUAUGUGCUCAAAAACCAUGUGUGACUAAUUAA